AUGGCUGCGGGGCCGCGGGCCGCCUAUGGGCUCCUCCUACUGCUGCCGCUUCUGCCGCUGUCACAGGUGGGUCGGGUCGCGCGUGGCGUUCAAGUAUACAGGGCGGGUCUGGGCUCGGCCACGCCCCUCCCGGGCUCACCCCUGUCCCCACAGGUGGCGCUGGGUUCUGCGGAGGACGACAGCUGCGACCCCUCAAACCAGUGCCCGCCGCAGGCCCGCUGGAGCAGCCUGUGGCACGUGGGGCUCAUGCUGCUGGCUGUCCUGCUGCUGCUUCUGUGUGGGGUCACCGCCAGCUGUGUACGAUUCUGCUGCUUUCGGAAGCAAGCGAACACCCAGACACACCUGCCACCAGCAUGGCAGCCCUGUGACUUGACAGUCAUGCCUGUGGACAGCGACAGCCCAGCACAUAGCACUGUGACCUCCUACAGCUCCGUGCAGUACCCACUGAGCAUGCGGCCGCCCCUGCCCUUCGGGGAGUUGGACCCUGACUCCAUGGCCCCUCCCGCCUACAGCCUGCAUGCCCCUGAGCUGCCACCCUCCUACGAUGAGGCCAUCAAGAUGGCAAAACCCAGAGAGGAGGAGCCAGCUCCCUUCCAGAAACCCAGUCCUCUCCCUGGGGCCUUUGACCUAGAAACCACUCCAGGGCCCCAGGAUCCAGCUCCCCGUGUCCAACAACCCUCGCUAUAGGGCCGGUGCCCCUUGAAAGGGGCAUAAGAGCUCUCCUGGAGCCAUCAGUCGUGGCACCUGGGGCCAAGGACUCCUGCCCACCCUACCAUCCUUCCCCUGGGAAGGCCAGCCAUCCAGCACAUUGCUGCAGACACGGCCUCCUUGCUAUGCAAUGUUGGCCAGCCCAUCCGCCCUGUGUGGGACACCCCCUCCCCCCAAGAAGGGCUGAGGCUCUCAGUCCCAGCCCCUGGCCCAGCCUGGCAGGCCCUCAGCCUGGAGAAGGCCCCUGAGAUGUCCUGAGCCUUGGGAGCUCAGGGCCCACUGAGAUGUCCUCAGCCUUUUGGAGAGAGAAUAAAGUUUAUGUCUAAAUGGUCUCUUC